ACAUGGUUCCUGUGACCUCACAGCUCCUAUAGCUGGAGGAGAACUAGCUGCUUCAUUGAUAACUUUGUUAGUAUUUAUUUUACUAGAGAUUGCAGUUAGUAAUAUGAGAAAGAUGGAUGUCGUGUGUCAGCAGCUGGUGCUCAGCAAGUCCUUACUGACUCUAUGUGAUAGUGGCUACCGCAUGGCCACCAGAAGCCUUUCUUCAGUCAGAGCCAGAAACACAUUGCCAUGUAAUCAAACAAGGUUGGAUAUAAAGAAUGGAGACAAGAAGCCUCGCUUUACCCCACAGGACAGUAAAGUCAGCAUUUUGAGGAAUCCUGGAGUUUUCAAUGUUACAAAUCAGACAAGGGAGAAACUUUGUGAACUUGUUGCUCAAAAUGUCGUUUACUCGAAAGGUCCUCUUGUGGCUGUGAACAAACCGCAAGGGCUGUCUAUUUCAGGAAUUCCAGAAGAGGUUUCACUGUCAUCGCUACUUCCGGAGCUUCAGCAGCAUUUGGGAAUCCGUUCUGAACUACACGUGGUGAAAGCUGCCCCGAAGGAAAGUUCUGGAUUGGUCCUUCUUUCUUCAUGCCACACCACUUCAAAGCACAUCGAGGAAUUCUAUGCAAAGUGUCGCAAGUCACAGACACCAGUGGUAACUUUUUGUGCUGUUACUAUGGGCAUUCCCAGCCCACUAGAGGGAGAAGUCAAUGUGGCAUUGACAAUUGAACAAGUUGGAGAACAUAAACUGGUUGUGCCUAUUACACAUCCAACCAAAGGGAGUCUGGAAAGAAGGGAGGUGAAGAAUACAGAAACCCAUUAUAAAGUUCUCGAUUCGGCAGACAGCUGUGCCUUGGUACAACUGCAGCCCAUGUCUGUUUUCCAAUCACAGCUGUUGGUCCACAUGACGUGGAAGCUGUGCAAGGUUCUCGGUGACCACACGUACUCUGCACGGGUUGGAAAAGUUCUGGGAGAGCCUAUUUAUGUACCUAUUGACAUUGCUGUUCCUCAGACGCAGGUACUAGAAGAAAAGAUUCUGCGCAAGAUGCAUUUUACACAGCAACAGAUGCACCGCAUGCCACUGCAUCUACACUUACAUCAGCUACUCAUACCCAACCACGAUGAGCAGAAGGGAUCCAUGCUUCUCACUGCACCUCCUCCACCUUUCUUUUUGAGGACAAUCAAGCUCCUGGGACUAACCAUGAAAGAACCACUGUUAUCUAACCAAAAUCCUCUAGCUCUUCCAAAAACUGAAAAGACAGUUGCACCAAAGAAUUUUUAA